GAGUCCGGACGUGCUGGUCUCCUCUCCUGCUCCGUGGAUUGUCCCACUCGUCACGAUGUCUUCUUCUUUUGCGGGGAUUUUAAAAGUUGCUUUGGACCACAGACGAAGAGCGACGACGGACCAUUAAAGUCCACGUGCCGACGCGGAAGUAGCUUCUUUUUAAUUGUUUUAAUUUUAAAGAGCCGUUUUGAAAAAAGAAAACAAAAAAAAAACGUGUCAUUAUCGACCAACGUGUAGAGGUUAGUUAGCUGAAGACGUUGGAGAUGAUUUGGUCGAAAAGUGUUCGGAUGUUCCAGCGCGGCUUGUGACCCAGCAGGAUGCGUCAUGUUGCCCGUGAUAAGUUCCGUCUAAUUGCUGGAGCGCGGCUGAAUAAACUAGUCACCAUGAUUUUAACAACUUUCGCCAUCUUCCUCUCAUUGCCUGACUUGGUGUCCGCCUUAAAGAGCAGUGGUGGUGCGCCCCCUAGAGGAGGUGCGCGUCUGGACUGCGUCAAGGCCAGCGAGCAGUGCCUGAAGGAGGCCACCUGCAGCACCAAGUACCGCACCAUGAGGCAGUGCGUGGCGGGCAGGGAGAGCAACCUGAGUGCGGUGACGGCUCCGGAGGCGCAGGGCGAGUGCCGGAGCGCCAUGGAGGCCAUGAAGCAGAACGCCCUGAACCACUGCAGGUGCAGGAGGGGCAUGAAGAAGGAGAAGAACUGCCUGCGUAUCUUCUGGAGCAUUUAUCAGAGUUUGCAAGGUAACGACCUACUGGAAUAUUCUCCAUACGAGGCGGUCAACAGCCGCCUGUCGGAUAUCUUUCACUUGGCCCCCAUCAUUGCUGCGGAGCCAGCGCCCACCAAAGAGAACAACUGUCUGAACGCGGCGAAGGCGUGCAACCUUAACGACACGUGCAAGAAGUACCGCUCGGCCUACAUCAACCCGUGCACCAACAGAGUGUCGGCGUCGGAGGUUUGCAACAAGCGCAAAUGUCAAAAGGCCUUGAGACAAUUCUUUGACAAGGUUCCCAAUAAAUACAGCUACGGCAUGUUGUUCUGCUCCUGCCCGGCCGGUGAUCAGACGGCGUGCGCCGAACGCCGCCGUCAGACCAUCGUGCCCGUCUGCUCCUACGAGGACAAGGACAAGCCCAACUGUUUGUCUCUGCAGAACGCCUGCAAGACCAACUACAUCUGCAGGUCCCGACUGGCAGAUUUUAUUAGCAACUGUCAGCCAGAAAGUCACUCGAUAUCGGGAUGUCUGAGGGAGAACUACGCCAACUGCCUGCUCUCCUACUCGGGACUCAUCGGUACAGUGAUGACGCCUAAUUACAUGCGCUCCCUCAGCAUUAGCCUGUCGCCGUGGUGCGACUGCAGCAGCAGUGGGAACAGCAAGCCCGAGUGCGAGAAAUUUGCAGAGAUUUUCACCAACAACCGAUGCUUACGGAACGCCAUCCAGGCUUUCGGCAACGGCACCGAUGUCGGCGUGUGGCAGCCGCAGCCUCCCAUCGCGCCCACCAUGGGGGAGCCGGGCGCCACCCGCGGGGGGAGAGACGGAAGCGUCCGGGCGGUGGACGUGCUGAGCGACCUGGGUAGACUGGAUGUGGCCGGCCAUGCCUCCUAUGACAUCUGUGGCACCUUGCAGGCCCAAAAGCUGCUGUCAAACCGCUCAGAAGAUCCUGCUCUGUGUGCGAUGGGCGACUCUAACGCGGUGGCAAGAAGCUCCACGGGAAAACUGCGAGCCUCAAGUCUUCUCCUGGCGCUGGUCUUCACUUGGACACCCUGAACUUUCCAGCUCUCGUAGGACCUGAAAGAUGGACCACCGUUUGUUUGCUGGCACAACAGAGCAAGAAGAAAAAAAAGAAAAAAUUUGCAAAGAGAACAUUUGAGUGACGAGACUCUCUUUGGAACCUGAUGGAACAUUUGCCCCAAAAUGGAGGAGGGUGUGGAGAACAUGUGACUAUCUCUGCAUCGAGUGUGCUGUGGUUUGUCCUGUCAGUCCAAACUCUCCAACCGCUUAGGAUUUGGUCCUUAAAGGAGAGUAAGGACAAAUCCGCCAUCUUAGUCCUCAGCGUACGGUCAGUAUUAGGUCAGCUUUGUCGUCGUGGUUGUAACAAGUUCGUAAAUAGGAAACAAAGUAAGAACAUGUCUGCUGCGACACACGGAGAACAAAAACACUUCUCUAGUCACGUGAUGAGGUGUUCACAACGUACAUAUUUGCUGUUUUUUUUUUUUUUUUAAAGAAACAACUUCAUUUGAUUAAUCGCAUGUAACGACACCAGCUCACUACCACCCCCUCUGGUCUACAGUGGUACUACACAAGAGGCAAGUCUAUUGCAGAGCAAGAUAUUUCCAAUGAGAAUUAAAUGGAAAUGUCAUCAAUUUUAAGGAAUUGAUUGUUUUAUAAAAUGUAUUGACUUAGUUAAUUUUGGAGCCUGAUUGAAAGAGACAUAUUUUAAACAAUUUCCAAUCCUGAUAAUUGAUCUAUUGUGCAUUAUGCAUACAUGAAUUAAUGCUACAUGCAUGACAAUACAUGUCUUCUAUUCAACACUACCGUUUUUGUUCAUUAAAAGUACCAUAAAACUGUUUUUCUUAAUAUUGAUUAUCUACUUUUCAUUCAUUCUAAUGAAAAGCAUCCAAUUUUGUAAACAUUACCAGAAUGUUCACAGAAAUUAUUCUUAUUUUUGCAGUUUUCCUUUGAUUAUUAACAUCCAUAAGGAGGUCAACGUGUGUCUUUAAUACACAAGCUUUUUUCGGACACAUUUUUGUGACUGAAUUUUUUGCGUUUGAAUUUUGUGAACUGAAUUUUAUUUUUAUUUUUUACAUCAAAAUAUGUUGACAAUUUCAUAAAAUAAAAAUUUGUGAGCAAAAUAUGUGUUUGAAAAUUCAGUUUGUCAAAAUUUGGUGUUUUAAAAUUUAGCAGUGUAGAAAAAAUGUAUGUUUAAAAAAUCUGAAUAAAAAAUUUUAUGUAGAAAAAUUCAGUGUAUUGUGUAAAAAAAAGUGUAUGUACAUAUUCAGUGUACCGUAUUUAUCGGAGUAUAAGUCGCACCGGCCGAAAAUGCAUAAUAAAGAAGGAAAAUAACAUAAGUCGCACUGGAGUAUAAGUCGCAUUUUUGGGGGGAAAUUUACUUGAUAAAAGCCAACACCAAGAAUAGACAUUUGAAAGGCAAUUUAAAAUAAAUAAAGAAUAGUGAACAACAGGCUGAAUAAGUGAGGCAUAAAUAACCAACUGAGAACGUGCCUGGUAUGUUAACGUAACAUAUUAUGGUAAGAGUCAUUCAAAUAACUAUAACAUAUAGAACAUGCUAUACGUUUACCAAACAAUCUGUCACUCCUAAUCGCUAAAUCCCAUGAAAUCUUAUACGUCUAGUCUCUUACGUGAAUGAGAUAAAUAAUAUUAUUUAUAUUUUACGGUAAUGUGUUAAUAAUUUCACACAUAAGUCGCUCCUGAGUAUAAGUCGCACCCCCGGCCAAAGUAUGAAAAAAACUGGGACUUAUUGUCCGAAAAAUACGGUACAUAAAAAUUCAGUGCAAAAAAAUGUAUGUAUAAAAAUUUAGUGCAUACAAAAUCAGUGCAUUAAAGUUCAGUGUAGAAAUAUUCGUUGCUCCAAAACUCAACACUCACUUCCGGUAAAUUAAGACUAAAGCAAUCAAUCCUGUCUCAGAAACAGCCAUUGAGGUUAGUUUUGAAUAACUGAAUUUUUACACAUUGAAUUUUAAAACACUAAUUUUGCCCACAAUUUUUUCUUUAUUGAAACUCUCAGCAUAAUUUGAUGUUUACAAAAUUUAAAAAAAAUUCUGCUACACAAAUUCAGUGUCAAAAAAUCUUUUGCGGUAAAGACACAAAUGAAGCUCCAGACAAACAAGCCACCAGACACUGAAAACCUCAUGUUUUCAAACGAUUAAAACAACACGGAUUAAAUUAAAUAAAAGCCAUGUUUUGUUAUGUUAAGGAGUACAUUCAGAAACAUGUUGAUUUGACAUCCCUCGUCCUGAUGCCAACGUGUGAA